UUUAUUUUAUCUUUUAGAGAGAAAAGACCAACAGGAGGGCGCGACACUGAUUUAAACCAAAGACGAACCGGAAGACAAAGACGACUAGAGACAUAUGAAGCAAAGUCAAGACUUCUAUUUGAGAAGUGAAGCCUGACACCUGCUCAGCUCAGCGUGUGUGUGGGUGUGUGUGGUUGCCUGUGUGUGCAUUUCACCAUUCCUGUGUGAGCAGGUGGGACUUUGAUGGCACUGUGAGCGAUGCCUCACACACAGCAACAGCAGGUUUGCAGUAGGGGGCAGCGCUCCUCCCACCUCCUCCUCCUUGUCCUUGCCCUCCUCUCCCUCCCAGCCCAGCCCAGCCAAGCAGCCAUACAGAUACCCUCCAACU